AUGGCGGAGGAGGUGCAUCUAGGUCUGCCAGGUCCCUGGGCGGCGGAUUACCGGGAGAAGGCCGACCACUACACCACUAAGAUCGGUGGCGUCCCUGAUUGGCCAACUGGUGAUAUGGGCAUUAAGCCCGAGACUCUUCAGUGCAGCUUAUGUGGGACCAAGCUUUGUCUUGUUGCUCAGGUACAUGCGCCCGUGGCAAAGCUAAUCAUUGAGGAGAGGGUAAUCUAUGUGCUUGUUUGCCCAAAACCAGAAUGUGGACCUAAACCUAAAAGUUGGAAGGUCCUAAGAGUUCAAAAAUGCCGUAAUGCUAUGCAAACAGAAGGCAGUGGUGAUGAAUUAGGUCAAUCGAAUGGACCUUCUUCUUCUACAAGUCUUCUAGAAGAACAGAAUGAUAAAAAUAAAAUUCCUGAGAUCAACGACGACGAUUUUGAUCUAGAUGCCUUAGCCGAAGCACUUGAGCAAGCUGCAACUUUGGCAUCUAACUCAAAGAAGAAGAAUAAAUCGAAGCAUGCUAAUGCUCCUGUAAAACGUCCUGUAUUGAAGGAGCAAGCAUGUGAUCUGAGCAUACCAGUUCUUCCUUGUUUUUACAUAUAUUAUGAUAAGGAACUAUAUGGGGGCAAAGGCACUGUGGGUUCAAGUAGCAGUGAGCUGGUUAUGGACAAAGAAAUCAUGAAUACCACAAAUGAUGAAGAAGAAAAAUGGGAAGGAGAGAAGUAUGAGUAUGAUAAAGCUAUUGGUGCUGACAGAACUUUUUUAAAAUUCAAGAAACAGCUGGAUGCAUAUCCCCAGCAAUGCUUUAGGUAUUCUUAUGGUGGCAAGCCACUGUUGGCUACAACAAAAUUACAAGAUCCUGGCACCUGUAGGCUGUGUGGUUCACCACGCAGAUAUGAACUGCAAUUGAUGUCUCCUUUAUCAUACUUUCUCCAUGAAGCUGGAGACGGUUCCUCAAAUUAUGCACCCAGCAGCUGGACUUGGCUGACAGUCAUCAUAUACACUUGCUCCAAGGUAUGUCUUAUUCUUCAAUUUCCUGAUACUGAAGUCUAA